CAGAAGGAAGACAUCAUCGUCUCAGGUUGAGAAACUGAACAUCUUCUUCUUGUUUGUGUCUGCUCUUCUUCCUCCUCCACGGCCGCGACUCUGCGGUGGCGAGCGACAGCACGGGGGGAGAGGAAGCCGUAAGAUGAAGAAGCGCUAUGUGGACGCGAGUAGGCUUCGGAAAAUGAGAAAGCUGAAGAUAUCGGAGAAGCUGUCUGAGAGUGCAUACACAUUCCUGAAGUUCAUGGUGAUGUGGAUGCUGGUUCUGCUGGCCGAUUUCAUCCUGGAGUUUCGGCUGGAGUACCUGUGGCCCUGCUGGCUGUUUUUCGGUAGCGUGUACACCACCUUCCACUGCCACGGGCUGGUCAUCUGUGUAGUGUUCGUGUGUGCCGCCUUCACCCUCGACAUCUUCUGUCUAAUUUUCGUCCCACUGCACUGGCUCUUCUUUGUGGCCAGCACUUAUGUGUUGUUCAACUACAUUUGGCACACAGAAAAAGGCAUCUGUAUAUCCACAGUGUCUCUGUGGAUCCUUCUUGUUUACACAGAGGCCUCGCUGCGACUCAAAGACAUUAAAACAGCUCACGCCAAUCUUUCGCAUCUUUUUGCUGCACACUGCAUUGGAUAUCCAGUCGUGUAUUUGGGCUUCGAUGCCACCUGCUACUUCACCAACAUCUUCAAGCUUCGCAUCCAGAAAGCUGUGCAGAGCGAGAACGACUUUCACAUGCACCUCCUGCAGCACUCGCUGCCCCCCAGCCUGCAGGUGUUCCCCAAAGCUGGCACGGACGCCGUGAGCAACUCAAAGUGGAAGACAAAGCCAGAGUCCAGUUUGUAUCAAUGCCAGAACGGUACCCUGGUGGCUCACGACGAGACCAACAACACAGACUGCCAUCAGAUCUGCAGUGAGGAGAAGGUGACGCAGGAGCAGAGGGCCACUGACAUACCCAGAAGGCUGGGCGGGGCCAAGUCCAGUGUCAGCGAAUCAAAAGAGUCCUCAGGGGGGCCGGAGUCCUCCACCACCUCAGAAAAUCUACCUCAAGAGGAUCAGGGCACGAAAGCCACACGAGCAGCGAAGAACUCCUCGCCCAAAGCCCGCAGGUCCAGCACAAACACUCCGUCGCCCCCUGCUGGCAGGAUGGAGAAGAAGCCGAGGUCCAGCCCCAAAACCAUCAGCCCCAACAGGGAUGCUGUCGACAAAAACACAGCAGCUCAGAACCACCACGCGGAGCAGCUCAGCAGGCUGGAGCAGGAGAUGAAGCGGCUGAAGAACGAGCUGCAGGCCAGCAGGCAGAGCGAGCAGGAGAUGCGCAGCCACAUCUGCAACCUGACCAACAGCGAGAGGAGCCUCAGACCAGAGGUGGCGCUACUCAGGCAGUCCAACAUGCUGCUGCAGAGCAAAAUACUGUGCCUGAGCAAGAGCAAGCAGAGAGACAAGCAGACCAGCGCCAUGCUGGAGAAGAAAACCAGGGCGGAGACGGAGGCCAGAUUUGCUGCUGAGAAGCAGCUGACCGAACUUCAGGCCCAGAAACUAGAAGAGGCUGCGAACCUGGCCCGAAGUCCAGCCGUCAGGCAGGAGAACUGUGAGAGCCAGAUGUUAAGGAAAAGAGUAAAAGAUCUAGAGACAGAGUUGAAACAACUGCAGCUGGAGUUUCAAGUGAAAGAGAGUCAUGCGCUAGAUCUAGAGCGAGACCUGGAGGCUCUGGGGAAGUAUCGCGGCGUGGAGAAGGACACGGACAUGCUGCUGUCCACGCUGUCUGCCAUGCAGGAGAAGGCCCAGCACCUGGAGUACAACCUGAGCGCCGAGACCCGGAUCAAGCUGGACCUGUUCUCUGCUCUGGGAGACGCUCGGCGGCAGCUGGAGCUCGCUCAAGAUAAGCUGCUGAAGCAGGAGCGAGAGAUCAGUGAGAUGAAGCAGAAGAUCGCAGAGGUGAUGGCUGUCAGUCCCGGGGUGACCUACAUGGCCCCGCGACCUCCGGUGCCACAGUAUCUGACCAAACUGCUCAGCUCCGACCGCUACAUGCUGAACUCUCGAGCGCUGAUGUACCAGUGUCUGAAGAAGUAGGAGGACUCUAGCGGUCCCUGGUGGUCUGUUUACAUCAGUAAGUGGAGGUUCCUCUCCUUUUACGACUCUUGGUGCUACGAGAAACACGUUUUGGUAAAGUCGCUUCCAAGAGCUGAAGAGUCCGACCCGCCGCGGGCGACAUGAUGUCACACAUCCGAGACACAAGCACAGCACGGAGGUGAUCCAAGGUCCGGAUCCCGGUCAAGUUCACACUCAUAACUCAAACCAGACUUCAUGAAUAAGCACAAAAAAACGAUUUGAUUCACUGUCACUUUCAGUAUGCAACAUGUGUUAUCCAGUUUUUGAUGUGUCUGGACAGAUAUUUGCUCUUUAGAGAUGAAAAGGACAAAUCAUUUGCCAGAAUUUAAACACUAUAUUCAAUAUGAUUAAAAUAGUGAUGAUUAUUAACGUGUUUGUACAAUUUUCUGUCAUAUUUUAAGGUAUACGACUUAAAAAUAUCAAUGAAUUCUGAAAUGAUGAUAUUAUGAAUAAUUCAAUUUGAAGGUAUUUAUGAGCACAAUAUUGCAUCAUUUAUAGUUUGAGAUUUAUUCUCAGUUUCCAGAUUUAUUAUCUGAGGUUACGUAAUGAAUAUUUUUAAAAUACUUGGUGACUUCGGUCUAAAAAUACAUUUUUUCUUGGCUGUCAUUUCAUGAAGUAGAACUUACAUUGUUGCUACACCUCCACUGACCUGGCCACGGUUUGCCUCCAUGAAAAACCACUGCGCUCCAGGUGAACAAGUCAGAAACUCUUGCAAAGAAUCAACACUUUUUUGAUAAACUUUUAUAAUCAAACUAAUUUGUCAACAGAUGAAUAUUGUCUGCAUUUUUAAAGGUACAGUUCUCCAAAAUAUAGACAUGUCAAUGGUGAUAUUUUCCUUUCAAGGUUAAAUGUUGAAGAUAAAAUUGCUGUGACUCAAUAAGAAGCUGAACAUUACUUUGUAUUUAUUCUUGUCGUUUAAAGAUUGCUGUGGCCAAAAACUGACUGACAGCCUGAAUUAUUUGUUUAUGAAUGAUAAAUUAUUGUUGACUCCAUGACGGUGCCUCUAAGCUUUACUUUCUGAACGGAAGUAAAAGACAAAUGUAAUGUGAUAUCGUGUUUGAAUUGAAGUGCUGCGUACUGUUUUUUUUUUUUUUUUACUCACCAUGUACAGAAUUGAAAACCCCACACGACUGGAGAAGAUGUGGACGUUAGUAACGCGCUUUCUAGCUUUGUUUUUCUAUGAGAAAUAUUUUGUAGUCUUGAUGUACUUUUGAUUCCAACUGCUGUCAUUUUGUACGGCGACGUGUUUGUCCGCAUGAAGUUGUCCAACCCAGCUGUUUUCUGAGGCACACGUGACUUUUCCGCAUGUACAGGGGUGUACAAGGGCUACCGUUUUUCGAAUCCUUUCAACAACACAAGAGAUGAUGCUCACAUGUAACUUUUGUAAAAAUAAAGCCAAAA